AUGCCUGAAAGACAGAUAGCAAAGAUCGGUAUGGUAGGAAUGGGCAGCAUGGGCUCCAUGAUGUCCCUCCUCUUUGCUGAAAAGGGCUGCAAAGUCUACUACUUCGACAUCAGUGAAUACAAUAUGAAGGCGGCAGAAAAGAUGGCCAAGGAUGUCAACGAAGAAACCCGAGUCUUCCGCCAACACAGCUACCAACAGCUCUGCGAAGAAAUCUACUCCGAAAACCACCCUCGGAUCAUUAUCUUCAGUAUUCCCCACGGAAACCCCGGCGAUGAAUGUGUCAAGGCUCUACGACCGUACAUGACCAAGCGAGAUAUCAUUCUCGACUGUUCAAACGAGUUUUACGGCAACACGGAACGGCGACAAGCGGAUCUUGCAAAAGAUGGCAUUUUUUAUAUCGGGUGCGGCGUCUCAGGCGGUUAUCAGAGUGCGCGAUCUGGUCCGUCAAUGUCACCAGGCGGCGACCCCCAAGCCCUCAAAAUCAUCAUGCCGCUUCUCAGAAGAGUCGCAGCAAAAGAUCGCGAUGGAAAGCCAUGCACCUGUCCCAUCGGCCCAGGCGGUUCGGGACACUAUGUCAAGAUGAUCCACAAUGGAAUCGAACAAGGCAUGAUGUCAGUUAUUUCCGAAGUUUGGUACAUCCUCACCAAGGGUCUUCAGCUUAGCUAUGAGGAAGCAGCUGGUGUUUUUGAGAGGUGGAAUCAGACACCGGAGCUUUACAAUACGUUUCUGAUCUAUAUCGCUGUUGAUAUCAACAGGACGAAAGAUGAGGAGGGACGAUACGCUCUGGGGAGGGUUCAGGAUAAGGUAGUGCAGGAUAUUGAUAACACUGAAGGAACGGGGACGUGGUCUUGUGAAGAGGCGGUGAGGCUUCAUGUCCCUGCUGCGAAUAUCGUCAGUGCCCAUCUGUUCAGAUGUACAUCGGCUGAACUUGGCCAGCGCACUGCUGAUGCAGAGGCUUCUGGGCGAUGGCAGCCUUCAGCAAUGAAAGUCGCUUCGAAGGUUGAGUUCACCGAAGAUCUUCGAAAGGCGACGUACUUUUGUCUACUGCUUUGCUUCACGCAGGGUCUGCAGAUCAUUCGCGAGAUGGACCAGCAACGCGAAUGGCACAUCAACUACCGAGACCUACUACACGUUUGGAGCGCCGGGUCAAUUAUCCAAGCAGGUGGUAUCAUGGAUCUUCUUUACAAAGUCUACAGCGAAUCACCCGGUCAAAAGAACAACCUCCUAUCGAACAGUCAACUUGAAAAGCAACUAACCUGCCUUCUCCCUUCAAUGAAGCGAUGUAUCAUCACAGCGUUGGAGGCUGACAUGGUCAUUCCGGCGAUGAGCCAAAGUUUGGAGUACUAUAAGUAUUCAACUUCGGUAGAUCUGCCCACUCAAUUGACAGAGGCAGAACUGGAUUACUUUGGCAAUCACAAGUUUGACCUGAAGGAGGAACAUCGAGGUGAACCGAGUAAGGGGAAGCACCAUUUUGAAUGGAAGCCAGCCAAGGGGGUGUCUGAAACUCGGCUUUGA